AUGAUUGCUUCGAUACGAAAGGAGGGUGAUUAUUUACAUAACACUCAACUGGAACUGAAUUCAGGCGUUUUGUUACUACCACGUCAACAACAGAAAAAAUCAAAUAAUUCUGCUGAUGAUUACAUUCCAUGUUCAAAAUGUAAACUAUUUUUAUCAAAAUCAUCAAUUCGAUUUCAUGUUCAACAUUGUGAUUCAAAUCGAAAAAAAGGAGUUCGAGAUGUUCUCUCAAAUGGUAGAAGAUUAUGCACCUAUAUUCAUUCUUCUGCUUCUGACAUAUUACGAAAAAAAGUUUUUCCAGUUUUAACUGAUGAUGCAGUUGUUCGAUGCAUUAAAUAUGAUGAGCUUGCAAUUAAUUUUGGAAAUAAAUUAUGUAAUAAAUACACCUUAACACAUCAACAUGAUCUCAUCAGAGCACAGCUUCGUCUAUUGGGCCGAUUAAAAAUUGAAUUAAUGUUAGUCGAUAAAACUCUUGAAGAGUUAAAACAGGCAUUUAAACCACAACAGUUUGAAAAUAUGAUAGAGUGUAUUAAAAAAGUUGCAUCAUGGAAUACUGAAAUAAUGUGGUAUGACCAUCCAAGUGUGGUACAAAAUUUGACUAUGCUCGUGAAAAAAUGUGCUAAUACACUUCGAGUAGAGUACAUAAAAGUUAAUGACACCGAGAAAAAAAAUGAAGUUGAAAAUUUUCUUCUACUGUGGAAUGAAGAAGUUCCAACACUUGUUAACAAGAAAGCUAUAGAAGACCAAAUUACUCAGAAGCGUAUGAAGAAAGUAAUUUUAUCAUCUAAAUCAGAUAUUAAACUAUUGUAUGAUUAUUUGAGAGAUGAAUGUAUGACUUGCAUAGAGUUAUUGAAUGACGGCUUUGAUAGAAAUGCAUGGGUUUCGUUAAGCCAAUACUCAUUAAUACUUCUGCAAAUAUUCAAUAGAAGACGUGCAGGUGAGAUCGAAAGGCUCACUUUAAGUGAUUAUCAAAACCAAGAAGCCCUCAAUGAAAGUGUUGAUCCGGAAAUCUAUAAAAAGUUAUCUCAUUCAACAAAAGCAUAUGCGUCUCAGUUUAUUCGUAUUUCUUUAAGGGGAAAACUAGGACGAACAGUUUCGGUGUUGCUAAGCCCAAUUCUCGUCAAAUGUAUUGAACUUUUAUUGAAACACCGGGUGCAAGCUGGUAUUAAAUCAGAAAAUCAAUAUAUUUUUACCAAGUUAUACAUAUCAAAACUCGGUAAACCAUAUAUAAGAGCGUGUCCGUUAUUAAAACGUUUCGCUAAUGAAUGUGGUGCAGCUGUGCCAAGUUCUUUGAGAGGUACAACUUUAAGAAAGCACAUAGUAACAUAUACGGCGAUGUUGAAUGUAGAAGAAAACCGAGUCGAUAAUCUAGCAAAUUUCAUGGGUCACCAUAAAGACAUUCAUAAGAGUGUAUAUCGAGUUCCUAUUCCAGUAGCAGAGAUUACAGAUGUUUCGAAAUUACUCAUAGCUGCAAUUGGAGAUGAUGAUGAGUAUGAACAAGAUGAUGGGGUGAGUGAUGAAGAAAAUAGUGAUAGUAGUGAUGAAGAAAAUCAACAGAAUAUUGAACGGCGUCAUGCAGUACAACAAAAUAUCAUAAAUGGUCAGAAAAAGAAAAGAAAGUGGUUGAAAACUAUUUUGGAAAAUGUCUAUAAAUUGACAGAUUUACCAAGUUUGAAGGAAUGCAGAGACUGCAUUAAUGAAAAUAUAGCAAUAUUAAAACACAGAACAGCUGAAUCAUUGAAAACCUGGAUUGAUAAUCAAAGACGUGCUCAGAAACGCAAAGCGGAAUAUGCAUCGUCCAAAAAAAAGAGUACUUAUACGAAAUAA